AACAUGGCAUCAAAUCCAGACAUCACCAUCCACAGGAUCGACCCUUAUGCCAGCCCCGAAACUGUCCAACAGAUCCUCGACCUUGCCAUGAACGUCUUUGAUGCCAUGGGAAGGAAGCGAGACCAUCAUUCCACAAUCGAGACUUGGAUGAAUCAUCUGAACGUGCCCAAAUCUUUCAUUCUCUACGCGACAAAACCUAACUCGACUGAACCCAUAGGCUUCAUCUUCUCCUUUAUGAGACAGCAACCUUUUUACGACUCCCCAACCCUUCAACACUGGGUCGUGGUCAUUGCUGAAAUUGAAAGAGGGAAGGGCGUGUUUCGCACACUCAUGGUCGAGUCCGAGAAGCAUGCGCGCGAACUGGGCGUCGAGACCCUCGGCAUGGCUUGUUAUCCUGGCAAGUUCAAGAGGAUGGCGGAAAUUCUGCCUAAAUUGGAAGGCUGGGAACUCCUGAGGUGGGAAGAUGAAGGUAACAAGAACCGCUGGAUCAAGCCUUUGUGA